AGAGCUGAGGAGCAAGGGCCACGGCAGUGUACUGGAGAAUUGCUACUCCUGCCUGACACUUGAAGAUCAAGCCACUCCCCCCUGUAUCUGACCCUGGGUUUUUCAGCUUUCGCUGCAUCACUGCUUGAACUAACCAGCUGAAUAUGCUCAGAAGAAGGAAAUGGUGUUGCUGUAAGGUUUACUGUCACUUUGACAUACAUUCAGAGAGGAGCUAUGUGUAAUGUACCAGUGGCUGUGGUGACCGGAUCCAACAAAGGGAUCGGAUUCUCAAUUGUUCGGGCUCUAUGCCACCAGUUCCCAGGGGACGUGUACGUGACAGCCCGAGACCCCGGCCGUGGCCAGGAAGCAGUGAAAAAGCUCCAGGAGGAAGGACUGCAUGCGCUCUUCCAUCAGCUGGAUAUUGAUGAUCUGCAGAGCAUCAGAGCUCUCCGUGACUUCCUAAAGGAGAAAUAUGGAGGGCUGGACGUGCUGGUUAACAAUGCAGGGAUCGCUUUCAAAGUGCAUGACACAACUCCAUUUGCGGUCCAAGCAGAGGUUACACUGAAGACAAACUUCUUUGGAACAAGAAAUGUUUGUACAGAAUUGUUGCCUCUUGUGAAGCCUUAUGGUAGAGUGGUGAAUGUCUCUAGUAUGUUAAGUAAAUCAGCGCUGGGAAAGUGCAGCGGAGAACUACAGCAGAAGUUUCGCAGCAACACUAUCACUGAGGAUGAGUUAGUGGAACUCAUGGCUAAAUUUGUGGAAGAUACAAAAAAAGGUGUGCAUGAGAAGGAGGGUUGGCCAAAUACUGCCUAUGGGGUCUCCAAAAUUGGUGUCACAGUCUUGUCCAGGAUUCAAGCCCGGAUGUUAAAUGAGAAAAGAAAAGAUGACCACAUCCUUCUCAAUGCCUGCUGUCCUGGAUGGGUGAGAACAGACAUGGCAGGUCCUAAAGCCCCUAAAUCACCAGAUGAAGGGGCUGAGACCCCAGUUUACUUGGCCCUUUUGCCUUCAAAUGUUGAUGGUCCUCAUGGCCAGUUUGUUAGUGAAAAAACUGUUCAAACCUGGUAAGUUUGUGUACGUGGACCCAUGAAGUGGUAAUAUGACUGUGGAUUAGCUUGUUCCUUGAUAGGGCAUUUAGCCAGAGUAGACUCAUCCUGUCCACUGCAGCAGUAGGGUCCUUUACCACCACACUGAGGGUUCACAGUUAUAGUACUCUUCUGGUGUUGAGUCUGCACUAGAGCACACUUUGCAACAGCCUUCAUUAGCCUGCUUACAGCAUUGCUGUAACCCAGAAUCUGGUUUGUGGGUGUUCCAGCCCAGAUGAUACAGGCUAAUUUCAUGUUGCCCUAAUGCAGAGGUACCUGACCUUGUUUACCUGAAUUUACUCUUAAUUAUAUCAUUGCCAACCCUUCUCCCACUCCCCCUAGACAGGUUUCUGACAUGGAGUUAGGAUGAGGGAGUGGAUGCCUUAUGCUUUUUCAGCGCAAUAGAGCUCUUUCUGGGGACUAUAGUUGCUUCUGGAGAUUGUACGGAGUUUCUUAGCCCUACAGAACGACCAGUCUGGGGGAAGACUAAGAAGACCAAAAGGGACUCAGUGUUGUAUAGAUAUUUCUUGACAUCGAAAUUGAAUUGGGUAAAAAUAAAAAUAGCUGUGAUAUGCCAUUAAUAGGAAAACCUAAUCAGUUGCCUCUUAAUAUGUCUGUUAAUCAUUUGGCUCUAUUAAUAUGUAUGACAAUAAAUGAUUACUUACUGAUUUGUAUUCCUCCAACUGGCUUAUUCCAUUAUUAAAAAUUUAUGCUUGAAAGUA